CAGCUCAUGGAUGGAAACGGAUCAAUGAGCUUUGACUUUCUGAAGAAGAAGCAUCCUGGUUUAGGCAUUAUGUUGAUCAACCAGCAUAUACGGAUCUUCACUGGGGAAUGUUUGUGCCUUUUAUUAAAGGAUCUGGUACUGAGGAGCAGCAAGAGAAAUGGUUGCCGUUGGCAUAUAAGAUGCAAAUUAUUGGUUGCUAUGCACAGACUGAACUUGGUCAUGGCUCCAAUGUUCAAGGGCUUGAGACCACUGCAACUUUUGAUCCAAAGACUGACGAGUUUGUUCUUAAUAGUCCUACACUCACUUCAAGCAAAUGGUGGCCUGGUGGUUUGGGAAAAGCUGCUACACAUACUGUUGCUUUUGCCCGUCUUAUUAUUGAUGGAAAAGACCAUGGAGUAAAUGGUUUCAUUGUCCAACUUCGGAACUUGGAUGAUCACUUACCUCUUCCAGGCAUAACAGUUGGUGAUAUCGGCAUGAAAUUUGGAAAUGGAGCAUACAACUCCAUGGACAAUGGUGUCCUGAGAUUUGAUAAUGUCCGCAUACCAAGGGAUCAAAUGUUGAUGAGGUAUCCACUUGGUAUCCACUCUGCAUGAUUUUGUCCUGAAGAUGUGUUGU